AUGGCAACAAUAGAAGCCGCCCCUCGACCCAGAGACACUUUGCCAUCCAUAAGUCAUCUCGACCUUGACACCAUCAGAUCCGAGAGGAACGACCUUUCGAGGUAUUCCAUCGGUAGCGGUCUGAGCAUCAGCACGGCACCCUUGGCCAGUCCCACGGCAUCCAUGUACUCGGGCCAGCCUCAGCCGUACUCAUGUGCACCGUCAACAGCAGGCUCUGUCACUGGUGUGUCGGGUUACAUAUCCCCUCCCGAGUCCACCACUCGACGUUCGACCAGGGACGAGAAGGAGUCGCCUGAUCUUCGCAAAUCUCUGCCUUCCAUUCAUGAGGCUCUAGGAGACAAGUCAAUGCCCUUCUCAGGCUCGUCCCAGCAUCAAUUGCCCACGCCUUCGGCAGCCGUUGGCCCAUCGUUCUCGGAUGGCCCCAAGGGUCCUGUGAAUCCCUUUUCUCAGCCGGCACCCUCUGUGCCUGCCUUACGAGAUGUAUUCUCGGCGCCUCAAAUGACCGCAUCGACUCCAACCGAACCGCAGACCGCGAAGCCGCCUUUCCCUCCGCCAUCCGUGCCGGCACCCGAUCCUCGUCAACCAGUCUCUCAGACCUUUGGCUACCCAGGCUCUCCCAGUUCUCAGCAACCGUCAAAUUUUCGUUCGGCCUCUUUGGCGAAUACCACGUUCACAAACCAUAAUGAGGCUGCCACAGGCCGAUCUCCUCAGACUUACGAGCCGCCGAGGCAGCAACAAGCUUUCCCACCAUUCAGUAAUCCCACCUCCUCAAAUGCACUCACUUCUACCAACGAGGUCUUCCAAUUCACCGCAGGCUCGAAACCCGCGAACGAGGUACCGUACAAUGAGGCUGUCAAACGACAUUUGGAGGUAUUUGACGCCGAGUUGGGGAUCAAUGAAAUUGGCGAAGCCAGCCUUCGUACGCUGGAGUUUUGCCGGACAUGGGGUCCACGUAUUCACCAGGGAAGCCGAUCGGGCUACGUGCAAGAGAAUCUCCCUCCAGGAGCGGAGCUAGAUGACCUGCUCCGUCAAACCCACCGCACGUACGAGCUCUUCAGUUACCUGCGAGAAAUGGUAGUCGCUCAAGAGAAUGCGAAGGCAGAGCAAGCCCGACUUGCUCGGGGCGCUCAGGCGGAAGAAGAGUACCAAGGAACUUCGGACGAAUACAAAAAUGGGGGUUAUUCAGGAGGCGAUGCGAAGAAGCGACGUGGAAAAGCCGCGCCGCCUGGCCGAUGUCACAGCUGCAACCGUGCCGAGACGCCCGAAUGGCGAAGAGGUCCAGACGGGGCUCGCACUUUGUGCAAUGCAUGUGGCCUUCACUAUGCCAAGUUAACACGAAAGUUGGGUGUCAACAAAGCGGCAGCUAUGACUGGAGCAAACCUCCGCCCCAAAAAUGCCGAUUCCACGAGGCCGUAG